GGGCUUUGCUGGAUCCUUCCCAGAAGAAUCUCUACAAAGAUGUGAUGCUGGAGACCUAUACGAACCUCACUGCUAUAGGCUACAAAUGGGAAGAUCAUAAUAUUGAAGAACAUUGUCAAAGUUCUCGAAGACAUGGAAGGCAUGAAAGAAGUCAUACUGGAGAGAAACCUUCUGACUAUGAUCAGUGUGUUAAAGCCUUUGCAUAUCACAUUCAUCUUCAGAGGCGUGAAAGAAUUUAUAUUGGACAGAAACCCUAUGAAGGUAUUCAAUGUGGUGAUGCCUUUUCAUGUCAUAGUAGUCUCCAAGUACAUAAAGAAGCAUAUACUGGAGAGAAACCCUAUGAAUGUAAACAAUGUGGUAAAGCCUUUGUAUGUCAAAGUAGACUCCAAAUACAUGAAAGAAGACAUACUGGAGAGAAACCCUAUGAAUGUAAACAAUGUGGUAAAGCCUUUGUAUGUCCAAGUAGUCUCCAAAUACAUAAAAGAACACACACUGGAGAAAAACCUUAUGAAUGUAAUCAAUGUGGUAAAGCCUUUUCACAACAUGGUCAUCUUAACAAACAUAAAAGAACACAUACUGGAGAGAAACCUUAUGAAUGUAAUCAAUGUGGUAAAGCCUUUUCACAACACAGUCAUCUUAAAGUACAUAAAAGUACACAUACUGGAGAGAAACCCUAUGAAUGUAAUCAGUGUGGUAAAGGCUUUCCACAUCACAGUUAUCUUCAAAUGCAUGAAAGAACACAUAAUGGAGAGAAACCCUAUGAAUGUAAUCAGUGUGGUAAAGGCUUUCCACAUCACAGUUAUCUUCAAAUGCAUGAAAGAACACAUAAUGGAGAGAAACCCUAUGAAUGUAAUCAGUGUGGUAAAGGCUUUCUAUAUCACAGUCAUCUUCAAAUACAUGAAAGAAUACAUACAGGAGAGAAACCCUAUGAAUGUAAUCAGUGCGGUAAAGCCUUUGCAUGCCACAGUCAACUCCAAACACAUAAAAGAAUACAUACUGGAGAGAAACCUUAUGAAUGUAAUCAGUGUGGUAAAGGCUUUACACGUUAUAAUCAUCUUCAAACACAUGAAAGAACACAUACUGGAGAGAAACCCUAUGAAUGUAAUCAAUGUGGUAAAGGCUUUACACGUCACAGUCAUCUUCAAAUGCAUGAAAAAACACAUACUGGAGAGAAACCCUAUGAAUGUAAUCAAUGUGGUAAAGGCUUUGUAUGUCAACGUAGACUCCAAAUACAUGAAAGAAGACAUACUGGAGAGAAACCCUAUGAAUGUAAUCAGUGUGGUAAAGCCUUUGUAUGUCCAAGUAGUCUCCAAAUACAUAAAAGAACACAUUCUGGAGAAAAACCUUACGAAUGUAAUCAAUGUGGUAAAGCCUUUGUAUGUCAAAGUAGUCUUCAAAAACAUAAAAGAACACACACUGGAGAGAAACCCUAUGGAUGUAAUCAGUGUGGUAAAGCCUUUGCACAUCACAGUUAUCUUCAGUUGCAUGAAAGAAUACAUACUGGAGAGAAACCCUAUGAAUGUAAUCAGUGUGGAAAAGCCUUUGUAUGUCAAAGUAAUCUCCAUAUACAUAAAAGAAUACAUACUGGAGAGAAACCCUAUGAAUGUAAUCAAUGUGGUAAAGCCUUUUCACAACCCAGUCAUCUUAAAAAACAUAAUAUCACACAUUUUGACCUGAAACCCUAUGGAUGUAAUCAAUGUGGUAAAGCCUUUGCACAUCACAGUUAUCUUCAAAUACAUGAAAGAACACAUUUUGGCCAGAAACCCUAUGAAUAUAUUCAAUAUGGCAAAGACUUUUCACAUCACCGU